UGCACGUACAUACACAUCCCUUCAACUGACUGCAGAAGUAUAAAAUGCAAGCUUUUGAAUAUUUACCUAUAGCUUCAAAUAGUCAAAAAUGAUGCUUCUACUUAUGAUACUGUUUUGCUCAGGCAUUAAAGGUGAGGAGCAUCUUCUUGCUAGCAACGGCACUAGACCUCUACCAAUAUUUAUCAGACCGCACGGUAUGAUGGCUCAUCGUUUCAUGGAGAACCCCAUCCAGGCUAUCAUCACUAGCUACAGGUUCGACUGCUAUGGAGUGGUCACUGAGUGGAGAGCCUUUGUAGAGGGGAGUGGUGGUGCUCACUUUAAAGAUCAACCUUACACCAUCUCUUUCCAAGUGUGGAGACCCAACUCUCCCUCACCCGUGGACACUGAUGGCUGCUACACUAUGCAAGGUACUAACCAUUUCCCAUCCAUUCCACUUGCUGAUGAUAGAAGUGCUGACAGAGGAAUAGUGACUGGGAUACCACUAGAGAGUGAGAGGAUUGAGGUGCAACCAGGAGAUGUGGUCGGGUUCUAUCUGGAGAGUAGCCACAUGAGGGAUAGCAACCACGACGGAAUCCAGUUUGCACCUGAUUCUACUUACAAAAAUUGUCCAUUCCCCGUUGGCCCAAAGAGGGUGCUCUCCAGUUCAACCAAUCGAGCUCCUCUCAUCACGGCAACAGUUUGUAAGUUAAUAACGUUUUUAACAUAUCACUUUUACAACAAUUGCUUUAUUUUAGCAACUACCAAUUGUCAGCGUAUUUCUAUUGCCGUCCCAUCUACCACACCCCCACUACAAGCUUCUACUACCACACCCACAGAACCACUACCAGCGUAUGCAGUGGGGCUGUAUGUAACGAUAGCAGCAACAACAGUCGUCAUACUCGUUUUUUACUAGUGCUGUUUGCAGCUACAAAGAUUAAUAAAAGUCGUAGAAGAAAUAAUCAAGCUCAGAGAGCCCCUAGGCAACACGAUGAAGCAAUUACAGUAGUACAAACAGAGGAAGUAAAUAUGGUACCCAUACACGUACAUUCAGAAGCCAGUACACCAGUUGAAGUUGAUCCAACAUCAACAGCAAAGAACAAGGCAUACGGAAUGUUUACAGAGACCAAUUCGACCUCAGACUACACAUACUGUUACGCUAAUGACACUCCUAGCUGCAACGAUAUUACGACAACAGCUGACAAGACCGGCAGCACUACAGAUCAUCAUAACACCGAGGAAAUUCAUUCAUAUGACAAUAAAUGAAUCAUACCUACGUACAAUGAUUAAUUAGCGUAAUUAUAGUAGCUAAAUUUGACCAAACUUAUACAUACAGUAGAACCUUGAUUAUCCGGACACCUUGGUUCCAGAAGCAGGCCGGAUAAGUGAAUAUGCCGGAUAAUCGAAUAUAUAAACCACGCCUUGAUCCAUCCACUUUAUUGAUAAACAGCAGUGCCACAUGGUUGUCUGCGCAAGAGUAAUGUGCGGUUGACGCAAAUAUGCGUCAUCCGCAGUUAACAGCUUAUUCCUUAAUGACGCAAAUUUGCGUCAACCGCGGGGAAUCGGUUAAGGUUGUGUGUUGCUCUUAUAAUAAUUAUGUGAAUGCGUCAAACGUUUGUUCGGUAAAAAUUAACAUUCUCCAUGUACUGUAUGCUUGUGACUUGGUGUUUUGUUUUCUGUGCAGAAUUCAGACAAUCUUUGUGCCAGACCAGUACAGACUGUAUUUUCUAUGUGAUGUUGAACAAGAGCCAACGUGCGAGCUAAGUGUAUUCUUUGGACUCAACGAACAAAAUUGAACCCUUUGGCACAUGUAUAAUUAUAAUCUCAUUUUAGUGCUGCUAUGAUGUUUUGUUUCUUUGCUGCUAUACUUUUGUGGAUGUGUUUUAACUUGAUACAGCUGUGA